AUGUACAGCGAGAGUAGAGUGACGCGCAGUAGGGCGAGGAUCGCCACACAGAAUGGCCAGACCCCGGGCUUCGCGGCGCUUCCCACCGAUGCCCCUGCCACGACUCGCACGGGCCGCAAGGCGACCCGCCGCGGCGUCACCGACUGCCCCCCCGCUGUCCUGUUCGACAUCACGAACACCGAGAUACAGGAGGAAGGAUGGGAGACCAAGACCCCCAGCGUCACCGAGAAGACGGUGCCCGAGGUCCUAGGUGGCAGUGAGGAUGCCCUGGUAGAGGCAACACCAGUCGUGUCUGCCCCCACCCUCGCCCCCGCCCCCUUCACCUCGGCCUACUUCUCCCCGGUGGGGACACUGUCUCCCUGCGAUUUCUCCACACCCCCCGAGUCUCCCUGCGCGUCAAUCUCGGUCGGCGACGCCAUCGCUGCUGCCGUGGCGUGCAGCCCGGGGGUGGACUCGGCCAGCCCCGGAGUGGACUCAGCCAGCCCCGCGCCGGCGUCUGCCCCACCCAUGGGACCCCGAACUGUUACCGUGCUUGGGCCCAGCUCCGCCAGCGCCUUUCCCGCCAGCCCCGAGCAGGAGGAGGCUGCCCCUGCCUUCCCCAGCCCACUGGGGAGCGGGACAAAGGCGAGCGCCGACACGCCCAAUGGUAACGCCGGCACGCCUGCCACCGCCGGCACGGCUGCCGCCGGUAUGCCUGGCCUCAGCCCCGCAAUCCUCUUCAUCGCCGCCGGUGCGGCUGCUGGCGCGGCAGAGCGCGAGCCCCCGACCGCUGCCUCACCGCAGGCAGCCACUGCGGUCAACAGCGCCCUGGCCAGGGAGGUGGAGGAGCUGGGGGAUCAAACCAUCGAGGAGGAAGGCGCUGAGGACACCCCGCCGCUCCUGGCUGCGACCGUGGCAGGCACCGAUGCCGUGCUGCCGCAGGGGCGCCCACGUGUGGCCUCCAAGGUGUCUGUCCCCAGCUCCGGCUUCGAUUCCAGGUCCUUGCGCCAGCUGAAGAAGGAGGUCGCGGCCCGCAUGGCUGCCUCCGCUUCUCAGGCGAAGGAGGACGCUCCCAAAGACUGUGAGGACGAAAUUGAGAAAGAAGAGGAGGAGGAGGAGGAGGAGUACGAUGCCUACGGGGAGGAGGAGGCUUGGGUAAGUGUGGAGUUUGCAGGCUGCCCUCAUACAAUGCUGCGGUGUCCCUCCCUUGCCUGGCGAGCAUUGCGCGAGGUCGAAUGA